GUGUACAUUAUCAAAGUCACCUGGUCCAAUGGGUCCACAGAAGUCAUAUACCGACGGUACAGCAAGUUCUUUGACCUGCAGAUGCAAAUGCUGGACAAGUUUCCAAUGGAAGGGGGGCAGAAGGACCCCAAGCAAAGGAUCAUCCCUUUUCUGCCAGGGAAGAUCCUCUUCCGCCGGAGUCACAUCCGUGAUGUUGCAGUCAAGCGCCUGAUACCUAUUGAUGAAUACUGCAAGGCUCUGAUCCAGCUGCCUCCCUACAUCUCCCAGUGUGAGGAGGUUCUCCAGUUCUUUGAGACACGACCUGAUGACUUGACGCCCCCCAAGGAGGAGCCCAUUGGAAAGAAGAGGUCUGGAGCUGACUCUGCGUCGGUCGACCCCUUGGUGCUGGAGCAGUAUGUCGUGGUGGCGGACUACCAGAAGCAGGAGAGCUCCGAGAUCAGCUUGUGCGUGGGCCAGUUGGUGGAUAUCAUUGAGAAGAACGAAUCAGGCUGGUGGUUUGUGAGCACAUCGGAGGAGCAAGGCUGGGUGCCAGCAACCUGCCUGGAGGCCCAGGAUGGUGUCCAGGAUGAGUUCUCAAUGCAGCCUGAUGAAGAGGAGAAGUACACCGUUAUUUACCCAUAUACCGCAAGAGACCAGGAUGAAAUGAACCUGGACAAAGGGGCUGUGGUGGAGGUGAUCCAGAAAAACCUGGAGGGCUGGUGGAAAAUCAGGUACCAGGGCCAAGAAGGCUGGGCCCCCGCCUCCUACCUCAAAAAGGGGAAUGGAGAGAUGUUCUCGCAGAAGCUGGGGUCAGGCUCCUCCGCUCAGUCAUGUGCCUUGGAUCUGGAUGGCAUCUCCCGGCAGCAGGUCGUGGCGAGCCGAGAGAAGGAUGGGCUCGCUGGCCAAAGGGACGGGAGAUUCGACAGCCGUCCCCUGCCCAAUGUUGAUAUCCGACGCAAGUCACCAAAGAUGAGGCAGAGACCCCCUCCUCGCCGAGAUCUCACCAUACCACGUGGUUUGAACCUGCCUAAACCUCCUGUCCCUCCUCAAGUGGAAGAGGAAUAUUACACCAUUGCUGACUUCCAGACCACCAUCCCUGAUGGUAUCAGCUUCCAGGCAGGAAUGAAAGUAGAGGUAAUUGAGAAGAACCUGAGUGGCUGGUGGUACAUUCAGAUUGAGGAGAAGGAGGGCUGGGCCCCUGCCACAUUCAUCGAUAAGUACAAGAAAACCAGCAAUGCGUCCAGGCCAAAUUUCCUGGCUCCACUACCCAACGAGAUGGCCCAGCUCCGGCUCGGUGAUGCCACAGCCGACAGCAGUGCCGGCGAGGAAGUGACAGGACCGUGCCGUCCUCUGCCAGAGGCUCCUCCUAACGGUACAGACUGUGGUGGGAAGUGGGCCAAAGACUGGAAGGGGAAGGAGGCUUCCGAGAGCGGGGACCCAGCCUUUGCCGGUGGCUACGAGGAGAUCUCAGACCGUGACACAGAGGAGAAGCCCAGCCUGCCGCCCAGGAAGGAGUCCAUCAUUAAAUCGGAAGGCGAGUUAUUGGAGAGGCAGAGGCCUCCCCCCAAGCCCCCGGGCAUGAUUUUGCCCAUGAUCCCACCCAAGCAGUCAGCAGCCCCAAAGGACAGCAAGAAGCCCGAGCUGAAACCAGAGAAGGGCAAACUCUUCCAACUGAAAAAUGAAAUGGGACUGGAAUGCGGACACAAGGUGUCAGCCAAGGAAGUGAAGAAGCCAAACCUCCGACCCAUUGUCAAGCCAACCAAGCCAAAAGCUGAGCCUGUGGAGGACAAGCCUGAGACCAUUGCCCAGAAUCCAUUCUUGAAAUCAAGACCUCAGAUCAGGCCAAAACCCACUGCAGCCCCCCGGACUGACCCACCUCCUGCUGAUGAUAAACUGGACAUUUGCAGCCUGCGGAGCAAGCUUAGACCUGCAAAGUGCCCAGAGAAACCCUCUGAGCAGGACACCACUGCUGGUGACAGCUCCUUCAGUAACGCCAUGGUCUCUUCAGAGGCCUCUGGAAGGUUUCAGGAGCGACCAAGCAUGGAGAGCAAACCCCUGCCCAAGAUGGACAGCCACACUGGCAAAGAGGCACUGCCCAAAUCUCCCCUGGGCCCAGCAAACACCCCGGCGCCUGAGAUCAGGUCGUCCCCGGUGCCUGGGAGGCCCAUGCUGGUUCCUCCAAAAGCCAAGCCGUUCCUCUCCGCCUCUAUCCAAGACGAAGCCAAAGUGAAAAGCAGCAUAAGCCCAAAGGUCAUAUCUAAGGCAGUGGAGAGGGGGGAAGCAAAGGAGAGGACCUCAGCCCCUGUCUCCAGUCCAGACUUCUCCAGGGAAGCUCUCUAUGUGGCUGUGGCAGAUUUUGAAGGCGAUGAGGAGACCAACAGCUUAAUUCCCU